UGUUGACCUGGGCGUAAGGAAAGCGGCAAAUAGGAAGCGGGAGGACAUUUUUUUGUUAUCUGGGAAGCUGCUUACUAAUCUGCCUCCACCUACCUAGUAAAGUAGCCUAUGAUGUUAGACUCUGAAAAACAUAUACGUUUUUACAUAGCACUGAGCCUGAGAAUGGUUACAACGCAGUUUUCCAUUGUUUAGCUAGUUAAAUAACUGAUGGUGGAAAUGAACGGCUGAGAUAAGAUUCGUUGCCUUUUAGUGGAAGCAUGGAAAUGAAAGGAAAGGUUAAGUGUUAAAGCUGCUGCUGAGGGGGAAGCUGGCCAUGUCACGGGUUCCUACCCCUCCUCCACCAGGGGACAUGUCUACUGGACCUGUGGCAGAGAGCUGGUGUUACACACAGGUGAAAGUAGUCAAGUUCUCCUACAUGUGGACCAUCAACAACUUCAGUUUCUGUAGAGAGGAGAUGGGGGAGGUCUUAAAGAGUUCCACCUUCUCCUCUGGACCCAACGACAAGAUGAAAUGGUGUCUGAGAGUCAACCCAAAAGGACUGGAUGAUGAAAGCAAAGAUUAUCUGUCGCUGUAUUUACUUCUUGUUAGUUGUCCAAAAAGUGAAGUCAGAGCAAAGUUCAAGUUUUCCUUAUUGAACACUAAAAGAGAAGAGACUAAAGCUAUGGAAAGCCAAAGAGCCUAUCGGUUUGUCCAGGGGAAAGACUGGGGCUUCAAAAAGUUUAUUAGAAGAGAUUUCCUGCUUGAUGAAGCCAAUGGGCUGUUACCUGAUGACAAACUCACCCUGUUCUGUGAGGUGAGUGUGGUGCAGGACUCGGUGAACAUCUCUGGCCAGUCCAACAUGAACAUGCUGAAGGUACCAGAGUGCCAACUGUCAGACGACCUGGGGAACCUGUGGCAGUGUUCCCGCUUCACUGACUGUUCCCUCUAUGUGGGGGGGCAGGAGUUCAAGGCACACAAAUCCAUCCUGGCAGCAAGAUCCCCCGUCUUUAACGCCAUGUUUGAACAUGAGAUGGAGGAGAGUAAAAAGAACCGUGUGGACAUCAGUGAUGUGGAGCCAGGCGUGUUUAAGGAGAUGAUGGGAUUCAUCUACACAGGGAAAGCUCCCAACCUGGAGAAGAUGGCCGACAACCUGCUGGCAGCUGCUGACAAAUAUGCCUUGGAGCGUUUAAAGGUGAUGUGUGAAGAGGCUCUGUGCACCAGCCUCUCUGUGGAGAACGUGGCUGAUACCCUGAUCCUGGCGGACUUACACAGUGCCGAGCAGCUCAAAGCACAAGCCAUAGAUUUUAUCAACAGGUGCAGCGUCCUCCGACAGCUGGGCUGUAAAGAUGGGAAAAACUGGAAUAGCAGUCAUGCCACGGACAUAAUGGAGACGGCAGGCUGGAAGUCAAUGAUCCAGUCCCACCCUCACUUAGUGGCCGAGGCCUUCAGAGCCUUGGCAUCAGCACAGUGCCCGCCCUUCGGCCUGCCGAGGAAACGCCUAAAACAGUCCUGACUGCUACAGCCCUCUGAUCCAGACAGAGAGCUGAGGCAGCCCUCUGAUCCAGACAGAGAGCUGAGGCAGCCCACUGAUCCAGACAGAGAGCUGAGGCAGCCCACUGAUCCAGACUGAGUACUGAUGCAGCCCUCUGAUCCAGACUGAGAGCUGAGGCAGCCCUCUGAUCCAGACUGAGAGCUGAGGCAGCCCUCUGAUCCAGACUGAGAGCUGAGGCAGCCCUCUGAUCCAGACUGAGAGCUGAGGCAGCCCUCUGAUCCAGACUGAGAGCUGAGGCAGCCCACUGAUCCAGACUGAGAGCUGAUCCAGCCCACUGAUCCAGACAGAGAGCUGAGGCAGCCCUCUAAUCCAGACUGAGAGUUGAGGCAGCCCUCUAAUCCAGACUGAGAGUUGAGGCAGCCCUCUGAUCCAGACUGAGAGCUGAGGCAGCCCUCUGAUCCAGCCCUCUGAUCCAGACUGAGAGCUGAGGCAGCCCACUGAUCCAGACAGAGAGCUGAGGCAGCCCUCUAAUCCAGACUGAGAGCUGAGGCAGCCCUCUGAUCCAGACUGAGAGCUGAGGCAGCCCUCUGAUCCAGACUGAGAGCUGAGGCAGCCCUCUGAUCCAGACUGAGCUGAGACACCAUGGGGACACAGGACUAUGAAGAAGAGAUCCUCCCAGUCCCCUCAUAGACUGUCCGUCUCAUCCUAUUGGUUUCUAUCUGAACAGGGCUGGUAGCAUGGGAGACUGACUCCAAGUGGUAGAAAGUAACGUUUCGUUUUGGUCCUCAAGUUUUGUCGCUAUUUUUCUGUAAUUUCAAACGGCCUUAAUCUAUCUGCCAUUGGAGCUGAUCUACUGUGUUCUCUCUAUUUGACUCUGUACCUGCCCCGUCCCACAGACCAGGCUGCCCCGUCCCACAGACCAGGCUGCCCCGUCCCACAGACCAGGCUGCCCCGUCCCACAGACCAGGCUGCCCCGUCCCACAGACCAGGCUGCCCCGUCCCACAGACCAGGCUGCCCCGUCCCACAGACCAGGCCGCCCCGUCCCACAGACCAGGCCGCCCCGUCCCACAGACCAGGCCGCCCCGUCCCACAGACCAGGCCGCCCCGUCCCACAGACCAGGCUGCCCCGUCCCACAGACCAGGCUGCCCCGUCCCACAGA